UGUCAAAGGCUAAGAGUACAUUUAUCACAAUCUGUUCCGGAAACAGAAUUUUUAAAAGAAAAGGAUCAGUAUUUAACAAUAAUAAAUAGAUUAAUUGAUGAAAAUAUGCAUUUACGUCAAGUUGUUGGGAAGUUUGAACAUAAGAGAAAAGAAUCAGAAAAGUUGUUAACGGAAUUAGGCGGUGGGGAAGCGUUGGUUAGACAAUUUAGAACUAUGAGUAUAAACACUCGAAAACAGGCAAACUUCUAUAAAAAAGCUUUAAAUAAUUUAAUGACAAAAGGCAAGCAAUCGCUACAGAGCAGUCGCCGUCGCCCUACUUUAGCCUCCACAACUUCUUCAGUUUCUGGAAAAUUAAAAAAUCAAAAUUUAAAUAAAUCCCAAUCUUCUCUAAAUAAUUUUAAUUUAAGAAAGGAAAUUCCAUCCGAACUUAAUUUAAAAAAUUCCAAACGUCGUGCUUCUUCGUUAGAAAAUUCUAAAGCUUCCAAGUCUGUCAAUAAUGAACCUACAAACUUGAAAAAUGUAGAAAAUGAAAGUUUGGGGAUUUUGUUGGACAGUGAAGGUCCCCCUUCCAUCAACAAUACCAAUUUUAAUGAAAAAUCCCCUUCAAAUCAGCCAACUCCCCAAUCCAAUCGUUCAUUAAUUACUUGUGUUAGACGCACACAACGAUCAAAUUCUGAAAACUCAAAAAUAGGAUUUCCCAAGAAGGAAGAGUUUGAAGAACAAAAUGUGGAGGAAGAAGAAGAAAAUGAAAAAAAAUCUGAUGAGGAUUUGGAUUUUAAGCAUUUUGAAGAUUCUGAAGAGGAAGGGGAAGUUGAAGAAGAUGAGAAGGAAGGGAAAGAAGAUGAGGAGGAUGAGGAAGAAGAAGAGGAUCGGGAUGAAGAGAGUAUUCAUCAAGUAUCUGAAGAGUCGGAUGAAAAGGAGAUUGAAGACAUGGAAAACGAAGAGACCCAUUUAAAUGCCCUCUACAGACUUAUAUCCUCACACAUAUUACGCCAACAAAUGUGUAAAGUGAGAGAAGAACGUGAUCACUACAGUAAACAAAUGGUCGUUGGAAUAUUACAACAAGAACAACAAAAUUAUUAUUGGUGA